AUGCUAAGAAGGAAGCCCUCGAUUCAACCUAAAGAAGAUCCAGAAGGAUUUGAGAAGUUAAAGCUUGGUAAGAUUUACAAAGAGGCGUGGUAUGUGGUAUUUCAGGCAAGGGAACAAAAUGAUGCAGACUUUCACAAUACCUGUUUCUUUCUUCCUGACAAGUACACUACCACCUACCUGGAGUACAUUUUGGAAAUCGUUAAUAAAUUCAAGGGCAAAAACCAGGGAGACAAAAAGUCUUUCUCAGACAUGAUUCAGUGGUACGUCCAGGUUUGCAAGGUAUUGCUAAGCGUAACGCCAAUGGUUUUUGAAGUACAAAAGCAAACUUAG